AUGUCAAGUUUGCCUCGCCAAAGUCCUCUCUCCAUCAUUUCAACAAGAGGCUCUAUCGGAAGGAAUGAAGAUAGUGAUGAUGAUGAGAGGUUGCCUAUGGAGCCAACCACCACGAGUACCAUGAGAAGGAGUAUAACCGAAGAUGAUAGAACUGUUUUGGAAGUUACGAAUGAUCAUAAUAAUUAUUCGAGUGAAAAUCAUCACCAUCAUCAUCGCUCAGGAACACCUCCGACCUCAUCUACUUCUCCAAACACUAAUACAGGUGGUGGUAUGAACAACAAUGAAGAUGGUAGUAACAUUGUGUUGACCAGUAGCAGCCCGAGAAGAGGCUCUCCUCCGACUCACCUAGAAUCUACUAGCAGUAGUAACACUGCUACCGCAUCAAAGGCUAUUCGACAAUUACCAACAGGAAAUGUUGGAUAUGCUGGUGGUAAUUCAACGAGUCAAAUUCAAAGCUUUACUUCACAUGUUACCUCUCCCCCUACCCAUUCAUCAACUCCUUACAUUCCACAUUCCCAACAAUUAUUUAUAUCGAACAAUGAAAAAAUUGAAAAAUUGAUGAAAGACACCUUCGGCUCGCAACUCUCAGGAUUGUCCAAGACCAUUUCGUUUUUGCAGAAUGUGUGCAAUAUUGAAGAGAACUAUCAACAAAAAAUUGCUAAUGAAUGUAACAACAAUUUUGACACUUUUUUCCAAGGAGAAUUGGGUAAAAUGCUAUACUCAUGUAGAAGCUUUUACUACAAAAACUCCAAAAGCUCUGAGCGUUUUACUAGAGAUGUAAAAAAUUUUCUGUGUGAACCUCUUCAACAAAUCUACAAGGAUCUCAAUAAGAAAAAGAAGCUCUUCAGUCAAACACAUGACAAUAUUUGUAAAACACAUAAUAAUGCUCUUAAUGAUCUUCAACACAAAAGGAAAAAUAACGAUCAAAAGAGACAAAAUUUAGAAAAUGCAGAAAGAAAAUGGAAGUUAGCUCUAUCUCAGUCGCAGUCAGAAAAGUCAAACAAACAUGAAUCGGUGGCAGCCUCUAUUCUCAGUACUUUUACUUCCCUUUCUAACGAGCAAACAAAAUCCAAAUAUGAACAAAAUUUGGAGGAAUAUUCAGAAAGUGAGAUUGAAUUACAACAAUCCAAGAAAAAAUAUGACUUGCUUGUUCACAAUUCGCUUCAACCACAAUUUAAAGCCAUGUCAGACAAAUUAUGUGAACAAUAUACAGAGAAUGGUACCAUCAUUCAUCUUUAUAUGCAACAUCUAACCAAAUUACUUGAAGCAAGAGUUAUAGAGGCCCAAAAUAAUUUGGAAACAUUCAAAAAAUGUGUCGAUUCCAUGAACUUGAACGACAUAGAAACCUAUUUGGCUCCAUUUAAAAUUGACUUUGAUGCGCCAAAACGUCACAAGGAAGAUCAUUCCCAUAGUUUUGAGAAAUCAAAUUCAUCAUCAAGUAUUGGAAGUACCACUAACACUACACCUUUUAUAUCCGUUUACAGCCAAGAACGUGAUGAAGAUACUAUUUAUUUCGAAAAUGUAUUGAACGAAAUUUGGAAGAAAGAUGAAUCCACAGAAUCCACAGAACUGCCUGCUCAACAGACAAGUCUACCAGCUAUAGAAACACAGCAAAGCUCAGAAAGUGGUGUCUCCUCUAAUAGCUCUGAGAAAGCUAUUGUACGGCCAAUUGUGGAUAGAAAAUACAUGUCCAUGUUGAAUGAAACCAAAAAUCGCCUCAGUCAAUCAGAAAAAUGCAGGCUUGGAUUUUGUAAAGUUCUCAAUCAAAAACGGUCAAACGCCUGUUUUUCGAAAUUUGACUAUUUCCAAGAUCUUGCAGAAUUGAUGGGCUAUUGCUUGGAUCUAGCUCACAAACAAGCUGACCAAAACGUUGGAAGAUUAAUGUUAAACAUGACACAAACGUUUUACUACUAUGGAAAUGAUUAUCCAGACCUGCCUGAAAGCUCUGCAUUGCCCAAAGAAAAGAAGAAAAUAUUUGUUUACUCAAUUUUGGAUGAUAUGGACUGUUGGCAGGAUUUAAGGUUUUGGGAAUAUUGCCUCUAUGACGCUCUAAACAGUGAAAAGAUGAAUAGACAAAUGAGCAAUCAAGUUGACAACCAACAAUGGCAAUCAGAACAUGAAAAUGUUGUUUUUGGCAUUUUGAGCAGUUUUUGCUUUACAAUGAACGAGAUGAAAAUCUCUCCUCGAAUCAUUCGGCAAUUUGCCGACAAAAUGUGUAAUAUUAACUCACUUAAUGAUGACUAUCGACAAAUGGUCUUGUCUGUUGUGGACAAUAACAGCUCUCUCAAUGAUGGUACUUAUCAGACAGAGAAAAUGUCCAAAUAUCGAUCCAAACGUUUAGGAAUGAUUAUGGAGCAAGAUUCAAGCGAGCUUGAUUUAUUGAGGAUCAAAAUUCAAUUAGAAUCAACUAAAAUUGAGAACGACUAUUUUACUCCAAGAUCAGAGACAAAUUCUACGGAUGAAGCUAUUGAUACCAUUCAUAAUAGAGAAUCGAAUGCUUCCCAUCAUGAUGAAAGGAAUGAAUUUUCGAGUUUACCAACCGGGGUGAAUAAUGACACAUCGAUCAACAAUGAAAAUACUAAUUAA